ACUUGCAGAAUUUGUUCCUUAUAUUUUAGUACGCAUGCAAGCAUGGCAUAUUAUGUUCUUUGUGUGUGUGUUUCUCUGCUGCAAUCUGCAUAGUUGGCUUGAUAUGGGUAUACACCACUAGAGUUGCAUCUCGUAGACUGUUUCUGUAGGAGAAUUAGGAUCCAGAUCCUUGCAUAUAAACCUGGUACAGUGACAAAUGACACCCACACGUGUGGCGAAAUUAAGCAAAAAAAAAGAAAAUGUUGCCCAUCACUGCUGCACAUCUGUUCCAGAUAACUUGGACGGUGGGGUUCAGAUGAUGCCCAGUGGCCAGUGACCACAGCUUUAUUUGCAGCCGUUCCUGUGUGCUGGAUAGAGCAGAGACCAACCUAACCUGCUUUGCCGUAAAAGCCAAGUGGCCUCGCCAAUAAUUGAGGGGCCAUCCAAUCCAAACCCUCUUUUCGCCCUGCUGGAUGAUGGCUUGGCAAGCCCUCCACUACGUGUGAUGAAGCUUCUGUUUCCUGCCGUGCAGGAUGCGAACAUUGCAUUGCUUGCACACAAUAAUAAUUGAGGCCCAUGAGGCCAUGAAUCAUUGAACAGAUCAUGCUAGAAACACACUGUCGUUUGUUAUGGUACAGCCCCACUGCCUACUAGGACUAGGAUCUGAGGUCCUUACUGAGUUCGCCUCAUGGAUGGAUUCGAUUGUUAGUGCCGAAGCUAGGUUUGCAAUUCUGAACUCCCAUUUGGUCAUGUGGAAGGUAAUAGAAAGGAGAGGUUCGAAACUCAAGCAUACAACAUAUGAGGUCUUUUACGAUGCACAAUACGACCGUAUACUACCAUCCGAGAAGGACAGCCGUUCGUCAGCUUAAGCUUAAGCUUGUGGAAGGAGCUCAGUCGUCUGGGCUAAAAUAUAGCGAGUUUCUGGGGGUUUUCUUCGGGAGCCUUCCCUGCUAUUCCUGCGGUCUGAUGUGAUGAUGUCACGGCUGAUGAACUGAUCGGCGUCACUGUCGCCACACUCUUUGCAUGCUUAAUCCUUAACCACUAGUUUAACAUCUGCUACUAAGAAAUGGCCGGAAUUCCUGGCACUGGCCGGUGUGGUGGCGGCCGUCCUUGUCAGCCCCGGCCCCGGGGUAGGGACGCAACUUGGGCCGCACCGGCCACCGGCGCCGCCGGUCGGCCGGUGCGCACCUGACUGAGACCCGGGCGCGGCUAUCGCCUCCGCGUAGAUCAGCACACGGGCUUAUCCUGUACCACCGUAUCGCUGGCCAGCCGCACGCCGCGCACCACGACGUCGUGGCUCGAUCCAGUGGGCAGUGGCCGUGGACUCGCGCCCUCGUGGCGUGGUCGGCCGUCGUGUCGCGCUGGCACUGGGUACGCGUUCCUGAGCCGUCGCGGCCGGGCGGCGGCGCCGAGCAUCGCCGGCGCGGAAAGAGCGGGGACUAGAAGCAGCCGCGGUGAGAAGCAGGAGCCGCCCGGGAAAGAGGUGGCAACGAGCUCUUCCGUUUCGCGUCGAGCCCGGGCUCGAUUUAUUCCUUCCCGGCACGCUACCCACCAGCCAAUCACCAUCGAUCACCACCGCUCCCAAGCUGCUGUACCUGUACCACUACUGCCUCUGCGAAAGCCGCCGGCUGGCUCCACGCUACAGCCGCCGGAUUCCAGAUUCCAGGCUCCACUCGAGGUCGAGGCGACGGCGGAGGGUGCGUGGCAUCCAGUCCAGCCACCACUGGCCAGGGCAGCUGCCGCUCCGAUUCUCCUCUCUCGAUGGUCCCGCGAGCCGAUGCAGAUGCACCCCGUCCCAGUAGGCUAGGCUAGGCAGCACCAGCACAGGUUCUCGCAUCCCAGUAGGCAACCUCAACCCGUAACCGCAGCUCGCCGUCGAUUCGUUUCCUCCCCCCAUGCCCAUGCUGGGCCGGCGGCCGGUGGCCACCGAACUUUUCCUAGCUCCUUGUGAAACCAUUGCCGUUCGGAGGUGACAGCGGCGACGCCGUGGACGCAUCGGCGCCGCCGCCUCCCCGCCGGAGUACAUGACCUCUGCGUCCGCGGUGCAGUUCGCGGCGGCGCCCAUCAGAAUGGGGGUGUACGAGCGGCCGGCGCCGGCGCCGGUGAUGGGCAUGUGGAGCAGCGAUCCGUUCAAGGUCGACAGCGGCCAGGCCACCAGCGGGUCCACCGUCAUGGAGGCGGACAAGUUCGACACUGGGCUAGAAGAUGUUCCACAGGUAGCACUGGAGCCGGCAAGAAGUACGGAUCAGGAAACAAGCAGGCCGCCAGAGAGGGUCCUAAGAAGACUUGCACAGAACAGAGAGGCUGCUCGGAAGAGCCGGCUGAGAAAAAAGGCCUACAUCCAGCAGCUAGAGACAAGCCGGAUGAAGCUGGCACAACUAGAGCAAGAGCUUCAACGGGCUCGACAGCAGGGUGCAUAUGCAAAUGGGAAUUUGGGAGACCCAAAUCUCGGUUUCGCAGGAACAAUGGAUCCAGGUGUUGCUGCGUUCGAGAUAGACUACAGCAACUGGGUGGAAGAGCAGAACAGGCACACAGCCGAGCUGAGGUCGGCUCUCCAGGGGCAGACCACGGAGCUCGAGCUGCGCAUGCUCGUCGAGACCGGGCUCAACAACUACGAGCACCUGUUCAGGAUCAAGGCGCUGGCCGCCAACUCCGACGUGUUCUACGUCACGUCCGGCAUGUGGAAGACCCCCGCCGAGCGCUUCUUCCUGUGGAUCGGCGGGUUCCGGCCGUCGGAAGUGCUCAAGAUCCUGAGGCCGCAGCUGGAGCCGCUGACAGAGGCGCAGCUGAUGGCCGUGGGCGGCCUGCAGCACACCUCGACGCAGGCCGAGGACGCCCUGUCGCAGGGCAUGGAGAAGCUGCAGCAGAACCUCGCCGAGACGCUGACGGCCGCGGCCGACCCUUUCGGGCCCCCCGACGGCUACAUGCUGCAGAUGAUGGCGACCGCCGUGGAGAAGCUGAAAGAGCUCGUCGGCUUCGUGACCCAGGCGGACCAUCUCCGGCAGACGAUGCUGCAGCAGAUGCACAAGAUCCUGACGACUCGGCAGGCGGCGAGGGGCCUCCUGGCGCUCGGCGACUACUUCCAGCGCCUCCGCGCGCUCAGCCAUCUGUGGGCGACGCGGCCCCGCGAGUCGGCGAUUAGCUAGAGCGCGGUGGCGAAAAGCUAGCCACCGGGGGCCGGCGAUGACCAAAGACGACGACGACGGCGACGAAGAGUAGUAGUUCGUUGUAUACUUCCCAAGGUGUAAGGCCAGCCGAGGAGGGACGAAGAAGUCGUCGACCUCGCUGGGGUUGGUUGGAGUUGGAGAUGAGGAACGCAGAGGCUUUCUCAGCCAGCGGCGCCGGCAACGUGCCGGUGCCCGCGUCUCCGAGGAACAGCAAAGUGGCGUGCGUUUGUCAGGUGAUCAAAGAAUAACGGGAAAUUUGAGGCCUUUCGAGACGUGUACAUAUCUUGUUUUGGUGUACCCUGCCCGUGCCCGGAGGCCUUCUACAGCCGUACAAUUAAUUGGUAUAAAUGAUGGGUUUUACAAGUAGCGUUACGGUAUAUUACGAAUUUAUUAUGUAACGAUAUGUAACUAGUGUCUCUCCAUUUUAUCAUGACUAGGGCAUGCAGUCCUUGAGGCAAUGUAUUUUAUGGAACAAGUUAGUCCACUUAAGAUGAGAUGCAUUAUAUGUAGCGAUUCAGGGGUGUCAGAACUUAAGGUAAAAA